UUUUGUUAACCGUUGUAGUAACGUUCAGUAAUAAUUGGCACAAAAGUGCAGAAAUUCCAUUGUGGAUUCAAAGGAAGAGAGGAACUGGGCGACGUUGGAAGAUUUGUUGGGAUGGGCAGCUGCCACCGAGGAGGAGGAUGCGACGCUAGAUCUUCUGAAGCUAUCCGCCAGCAAAAGUUUACCAGAAGGAUGGCAGAUGGGGAGAGUCUUGGUGCUAUCAAAUAGAGAGCUCUUCGGAUCAGAAAAAGAGAUCGACACUCUUCUCUUCAAAAAAAUUGAGUUUGCAAUCCCUACUCUGGAUGUGGUUAUGGCUUUCAAACUAACAGCCACGAAUCUUAAUGUAGAGUCCUUCAGCGCUUGUAAAAAGGCCAUGCUGGCCUGGCCGUUCUGCAGGGCCCUUAUUUUAAGCCCCCCUUCGUUAGUGAAUAAAGUGCGGGGGUCGAUAAGGGAGGCACAGAAGUUCGUGCAGUCAUUAGCGACAAUCAGACACCUUUUAACGCCCUGGGCAAUGGCAGCUACAGAGCUUCAACGAUUGUCAGGGACCGGGAGUCAACUCGAGGCGCUCGAGGAGUCAGAGGAGUCGGAAGAACCUCCGGUCAAAAGGUCGUGCCUGGAAGCCCUGGAGAAUCGAAUGACCUCCAUGUUUAAUAUUCUUUACGAAAAAAUCGACAAUCAAGCUACACAGUGUCCCACUUCGCCCCAGAGUCUAGAGGGGUCGUCAUCAGAUGAAUGGGAAGGCGCACCGGAAGAGUCAGAAUCGGAGCAGGACCGCAAGUCUUCUAGUGGUCUUGAAACCACGCAACGCCUAGCAUGGGAUCCGUUGGUAAAGGAAUGCGAGCGCCCCAUUCCUGAGCCAAAAUCAGCUAUCAGGGCUCAGGGAAUCAGAUGUCAAAAAUUGGGAUCGUCGGCAUGGAAUAAAAUUCGAUAUCUGGAAGUGCAGAAGAGACUGGGAGCUUCACCGGUUUUCAACGCUCUCAAGGUCAAUAAUGAAUUAACAAACGUAAGCCCAUCCACUUACCGCCAGGCGAUCAUGGCUAAAACCGAUCUAUUGACAGGCACUCUCUCUCAUGGUCUUUUAAUACAAAGGGAGCGUCUUUCUGACGCAUUCAAUUCAUUGGUAGCGAAGCACCCGGUAGUCCUCCCGGAUAUCAAGGCCCUGUUCCUUGGGGACUCGCCAGUCAGCACGAUUUCUGAUGAUUUACUCCACUACACUUGUGCAAGAAGAGCCGAAUUCAUCGAAAUGAGGAGAAACGCCUUUAAAGCACCAGAGCCCCAUCAUGCAGCGAAGCUAGCAGAGGUUCCCCCGUCAGAAUCCCACCUGUUUGAGGAAAAACAGUUAUCAGAAUUCUUGAAUCAGCAAGGGGGUGUCUCCAAGGUCUUCCCCCCGAGGCUAAAACGUCACCAGUUCAAGGGCUCGCAUUCCUUUCGCCCCAGAACUCAGCCUAACUCAGAAAAUACCACUCAUCCACGUCUCUCAAAAGCAAGACCGUCGACCAGUUCAGCCACACGUAAGCCGGAAGCGAGAUCUUCAAAGAACCCACCAAAGCGUAGGGAUUCAAGGAAAAGAAGCGCUCACUAUCGCAGAGCAUGA